UGAUGACGGAGGUACGGUACGUCGGGCAAUUCCGCUCCGAAGGGGCCCUCGAGAGGGAGACGGAGUCGAUGGCUCCAUUUGCCGGAGGAAGAUCGAAUUGCGCCUUCGUGUCGGUCGGUUAGGUCUCUGUCAGCGCUCUCGUCUCACGAGGAUGAAAUAUUAUGCUACGAGACGGGAAUUCUGACACUUGCUGCGAUUUUUUCCUGAAUUUUUCCUCUUCUCGAAAGAUUUUUCGACGAUCCGCAAUUUUUUUGGGGCUCCCCUGUUCCCGAGGCGAAGUUUCCUCGUCAAUCCUAUCGCAUCGGUUGCUGCGCAGAGCUGUUUGUUAGAAAUCCUGCUUCAUGAACCUUGAUUACCUUGAUUAAAAGUGAACGAGUGAAUGCUUCAGAGCACUAUUUGCGGGUUCGAGUUGCGAGGAACUUCUGUCAGCCGGCUGCGUUGUUAAUUGGGAUGGUAUCGGAAUUCAUCCAUACUUCUUCUCUGGAAGCAGCUUCUCUCUCUCACCUGAUAUCGAGCAUCGGUACAUCCCGGAGUUCUCUUACUUAUUUGCUGACAGCACGAGGUCUCGCGGUCAUCUGUUCAAAGUGAUGGAAAGGAUGACGUCUGCUGCCUAAGCUACCGCACGCUUGCUGUGAAAAGGUUCUGCUGGAGGGCGGACAGUCCGACUACAACAUUCGACAUGGAGGUUGUUGUCCAUGGAGAGUUGAAGCGGUAGUGCAGUUUUUGUGUGCACGGAAGUGUAUCGAGUAAUUUAUGGAUUCUACAUAGCUUGAGAAUCUCCUUUACGACUCUCGUGGGUACAUAGCUUGAGAAUUCUUCGCUUCUCCAUUAUUCUCCCGUUCUCGAGAAGGAAGGAUGGGGUCGAAUAAUGGAGAAGCAAAAUUAGCCGGAGGAAAGGCUGGUGAUGUGGCCAUGGUGGACGCAGAUGCCGAAUCUCCAUUUGCUCUUCUGAAUCAACCGAAGAUGGAUCUGUUUGAUGCUGUACCCUCUAGUAAUGCAUCUACGACCACGAAACCUCGAUUUGAACCCAAAGUCAAACCUAGAGGGCCUCAAGCGAAGUCUCGGCUCGCUAACCAGUCCACAGCUCCCGUACGAGCUGGGGGCUCCAAAGUUUCACCUUCGUUGGCCACAGCUGAGUCGAUCCCAAGUCCGAAUUCUGAUGUCAAGAUUGCAAGCGGAGAGCUAGCCAGUAGUCUUGAGCGAUCGAACUUACCUCAUGUCCAGGAAACAAAAGUUGUAAAAUCUGAACCAGAAUUCUUGAAAGUCAAGGAAGAGGUUCCAGUUGUCGUGAAAAUGGAAACAGAUUCUGAACCCAGCGGUCAUGUCGUGAAAGUGGAGUCAGAUUCAGACCCUAGCGGACAUGUCAUGAAAGAGGAGUGUGCGCUACCAGAAUUUCAUCAGCAGCAGUCGGAAGGACUACCUCAAGAUAGUCGUCCUGGAGUGGAUCGUGUGGUGCGGGAGAUUGAGGUCUUCGUGUCACGAUCAGUAGAUCCUGAAACUCAUUUCUAUCUCCUUCAGUAUCCUUUGCGACCCGCAUGGCGUCCUUAUGGUUUAGAAGAACAAUGCCAGGAGGUUCGUGUGAAGGCUGUCCAGAAGAAGCUGGAGUUGGAUCUCGCGAUCGACACCGAUAGCGAGAACUACGAUCAGGACGCAGCUGAUCAUCUGAAGAUCACGAAACAGACAUUGUCAUCAUCAAGAGUAGCCCUUACAACAAGCUAUGCUAUAGGAGUUUUGCAAGGUAACAAGCUGCAUUUGAAUCCCUUGCAAGCCGUGGUGCAAUUGCGUCCUUCCAUGAAGUAUCUCGAUGAAGGAGAUGCACAAAAGAAGAAGCAGGUCGCUGCCUCCAACGGAGAUGGAGACGAAGAGAUGGCAGACGCCGAAGCUGCCGAGGCAACACCAGAACUAGUCGCAUUGCAGGUGAAUGUAAGACGGCGAGAAACAGAGUGGCAAGAGGAGAACAGACUUCACUCACAUGCUUAUUUGAAGCAACUAGAUGAUGCUGAGCCUUGGAUUCCCCUAGAGCCGCAUGGUGUUGACAGUCCUGUUACCGACGCUGUUCGUUCCAAGAUGAUUGCUUCCGCUACGACCCAAAUUCCUUUCAAGCUGGGCCCGGCCGAUUACAUCAAAAAGCUUGUUCCUGGGCAGGGAACUGCGAAUCCUUAUCAACUCGUAUCUGGUGAUGGGAAGGGAAGUGCUGGCUUUUCGAGGAGCUUUCUCAAUACCUUACCACUGGAAAAGAGAUUUCAUCUUCUUUUGUCCAAGGGUAGAGUUCAUGUUCUACCGUUUGAGAGGUUGAUGAAGCUUGCACCAGAUGACUGCACAGAGCAAGAAGUGUUGAAUGUGCUUCAAGAGAAAGCUGUCUUGGUUCAGGGCUGCUGGGUCGCCGCUAGUAGUCUCCGCUAUAGUAAACCAGUCACAAUUGUCAGAGACUAUCUUCUUUGUUUAUUCACCAAGAACAGGGUUGUUCAGCACUCUCAGCUGGAGGAACUGCGAAUUUCAAAGGAGAUAUUACGAGAAAUAUUGCUCUCUUUCGCCAUACAGAGUGGUGUAACAGCAAGCUGGGAGUUUCAGGAAAGUACUGAUAGGUCUUUCAUCAAGCGUCACCAGACGGUGGUGAAGGAGCAGGCACAGCGAUGGGCAGAGGUUGAAAAUCGCCUCCGAGAGACAGUAAUGUCUCUUGAGUUGACGAGUCCUCGAGUGGCUGGUAAAACCACUGUUGACUUGUCAGCGGUGAGGGAAGUCACUGUGACGAAAACGAAAUUACAUAUUGGAGGCCUUACAAAGCCAUUCCCAGCUCCUGAGAAAACAAAAGGUGUACAUUUCAAUUUAAGUGGUGAUGGAAGUGGGGUCUCAAAGCAAAUCCCUGGGGAGACUGUAGGGCAUACUACACUCUCUGAGGCCACUCUAGCUGCUUUGCCUGGCGCUUUGCUGAAAAUUUUUGCGAAGCAUAGCGUUUGCAGGUUGCAGUUUAUUUGUCAGAGCCUGAGAGGAAUGGCCAUUGUGGCCGCAGAUUCUAGUAAAGAUAGCGUAGCUGUUGAGGAGGCAAAGGCAGCCGCGCAGGCUGCUUCGGCGCCUUUGCCAGAACUAGAAGCUGCCGUGAGCAAAGUGGCUUCAAACAUUGGUGGUGUUUAUUUCUUAACGGCUUUAGGGAGUAAAGCUCUGGAUCCCUUCAGAAAUGUUGUUAUUGCUCUUCUGCGAGCAAAGGGACCAGGGUCAGGCCUGCGAAAGACAGAUAUUAUGGAAGCUUCGAAAAUAGCACUGAAGACAGAUGUCCCUCAAGCGGUGUAUCAGAAGGUUCUGAAGGAGUUGUGUUAUACCAAAGGUGGUGCUUGGGUUCUAAAACCUGGAGACGGGCGUCCUACUUAGUUCACACGUUCUUCUUGCGCAAUUCAUUUCAGCUUGACAUAUUAAAAGAGGAACAUUAUACGAGGUCGCUGAUCUUAUUCUGGAGGCACCAUUUCAAACUGAUUUAGGUACAAGGUCGGAAGACUACAAUUUUGAUUAUUUCCGUUCUCCCUUUCUGAAAUGAGAAAUUAAGGGCUGAAGAGGCAUGGCAUACAAGCGUAGGUACUUCAUAGUUUGAGGUCCCGGUCAAAUAAUUAGAGGGAAAACACUAGGUGCCCUCAAUGUUGGCCAAAAACUUCUAUGCCGAAAUACAUAGAAUUGAGGAUAGGCCUUCACGUACGGCAUAGGGUUCUUGGUAGCUGCAUUGUAACAUAUCUCAAUUUAUCUGGGCACGUGCAAGUUAUUUGCCAAGCAAACAAUGAGGAGAGCAAUUGCGACGCCACGAAGUGUUCCUAGCAAAGGAUAGAAUCGUCGAGGUAUUACACUUUCAUUAUUUUCUAGGUACACAUUUCCUAGGUACAUAUGUAUCCCCGUUUAUACUCUUAAAGGAUUGUUUACCUGACGUUGGAUUUGUAUACAACGUUGGCCAAA